AUGCAGCCUUAUCUUCUCGCUGCUCUGCUUGCGCUCCAAGCCGUCGCUGCUCCUCAGUCGCCAGAUGAGCAGCCCUCUCCUGAGCCUACAGGUACUAGCGUGACCGACGAUGGCAUCGAGCUGGACACCAGCUUCAUCACGGAGCCGUUUUUCGAGAUUCUCUCCAACUACACGGAACUUUUGAACAGCACUGUUGACGCCAACUUGCACGCACCUGUCGAACGUCUCAGAGUCCGGGCCCCGAGUGUCGUGACCGCAGAGACGGCCUCGAAGAUGAAGGCGCCCGGCCACGGCGCACAGGGCGUCUUCUUCCGCGGCGACUCACGCCCACCAUCGCUCAUAUUCGCCACAGGUUUCCAGCCUAAGGGCAGCGAUCCGAGCCUGAUCAACCACCUCAGCUUCGCGGGCAACUCGGGCUUUGUCUCUCUCACCCGGAACCCGCACACGGCCGAGCAGUACGCCUUUGGUCGCACAGGCAGCAAGAAGGAAAAGGGCUACAUCUAUGUCAUUGCGUCUAAGAACGUCCCGGAUGGCUACUGGUUGCCUGGGAUUUACCCGCCGGAGAAGAAUCCCGCGGUGCACCGUAACCAAGAGUUUGCUGUGUUGGGCGCAGUGCCUGCGGAGAGCAUCUCGCACGCUUACGAGGUUACGCGCGCGAAACCAUCUGCCAGAAUGACAAAGAUUAGAAACGAGGACUAUGUACUUCGGCGGUCAUCCUCGUGCUUCUUCUCAAAGCGCGCCAUUUUCUGUGACCCAGCCAAGUUCACGGAGAAGGCGUCCAAAGGUCGCAGAAUCAGAGUCAAGAUAUCCAAGACAUUUCGUGUCAGCGCACGAGCUGGCGGUGCCGUAGCUUUUGCCGUGCUUUCCCCCUACGCGCACGACGUGCUAGACCUGGUCAAGUCGUGGGAUAACCCCAUCGGACACGCCGUGACUUGGUUUGACAACUCCAUGGCAAGCCUCCAGGAGGCCAUUGGAGGGCCGCAGGUCCCCGAAAUCUACGGAAACACCUUGAAGCUGCGCCUCAUUUGCUGGCUGCGCGGCGAGCAGCGCUGGCCUAACGACGUGGACAGGGCGUGCGCCCGUCUGCGGGCCUCGGAGCAGCCGCGCCCGGUUGAGACAAUGGAGAGCAAGAGGCUCAAGAGCGUCAACGCCGUGCUAAUUGCCUGUGAGAAGCUGGAGAAUCCGGGCGUGUCUCUGGCUACUGCGGAGCUCAAGGCCGAACUUCAGGAUCGCUGUGAGGAGUUUCGCGCCAUGGCACACGAGCAGGACAAGUAG